UAUCCCUUCUCAAAAAAAAAAAAAAAAAUAAAAAAUCCACAGACUGUCUCUCCUACACCCGACACCAUAGGCCAUAAUUUGCAACGGUCCACUGCUUUGUUUUCUUGGUGGGUGUCUGUAUUCACAAUUUCUAGUACCUUAAACAGAAGUACACACCUUCAAGAAAAACCCAGAAGAAGUCAAAGGGUGUCGAUGUCUUUUUGUUCUUUCUCAGUUCCCUUAUCGGAAUCUUCAGUUUCCACAACCUUCUCUCUCUGCUCCAGAACUCCUCUCAAAGUCCCUAUUUGUAACUUCCCUGGUGCAUUAAACAACAUUCAUUCCUUAACAGGUGGUCGCCUUGUGUGCUAUGGUGGAGGUGCCAAUUUCUACCGAAGAUUUUAUGGCCUAAGACUAUGGAUAAUUGAGAGCCUAAACCUUUGGCAGAGGAAUAGAAAAUGUGGACCAGCACAUGAGUUUAAGAGUAUAAGAAGUCAAGAGAAAGAUCAUUUAGCAAAUCAUUUGGAAACAACUUCAUCAUGUGAAGGACAAGUUAUAAACUUGCACAAUGAUUCUAUUGAAACAACUUCAACUCAACCACCUGAAGAAAGUUCUGCCCAAAAUUAUGAACCAGAUGUUUCCACGGAAGUUGUCACUUCUAUUGAAUCUAAAGCUUUCCAGCAAACACAUUCCUCCAGUUCCUCCAUUGAGGAUAGUAAAGCACCAUCACUCUGCAUUGCUGUCAUAGGAGCCACUGGUGAGCUUGCUAGGGGAAAGGUUUUUCCAGCAUUAUUUGCUCUGUAUUACAGUGGCUUUCUUCCUGAGAAUGUAGGUAUUUUUGGUUACUCAAGAAAGGAUUUGACCGAUGAAGAGCUGAGAUCCAUUAUAGCUUCUACUUUAACUUGCCGGGUUGAUCAUCAAUCAAACUGUGGGGAUAAAAUGGAUGCUUUUCUCAGUAGAACAUAUUACCUUAAUGGAGGUCACGACAAUAAACAUGGGAUGUCAAAGCUCAACGCCAGGAUGGAGCAGAUUGAGGGAAAAUCUGAAGCUAACAGGAUAUUUUACCUUUCUGUGCCACAAGAAGCACUUCUAGAUGUUGCAUCCUGUCUUGCCAGUAAUGCACAAACCCAAAAGGGGUGGAAUCGUAUAAUCAUUGAGAAACCUUUCGGCUUUGAUGCAUUGACUUCUCAUCAGCUGACAAAGUCUCUUCUUUCUAAGUUUCAGGAGAAGCAACUAUACAGGAUUGAUCAUCUUCUAGGAAGAAAUCUUAUUGAAAACCUUACAGUUUUGAGGUUUGCUAAUCUAGUUUUUCAGCCAUUGUGGAGCCGUACUUAUAUACGCAAUGUGCAGGUCAUUUUAUCAGAAGACUUGGCCGUGCCCACAGGAAGGUAUUUUGAAGGUUAUGGCAUCAUCCGUGAUAUAGUACACAGUCAUAUACUCCAGACAAUAGCUUUGCUUGCCAUGGAACCUCCUAUAAGUCUUGAUGGUGAAGAUAUUCGGAAUGAAAAGGUCAAGGUUCUGAGAUCAAUUCGCAAAUUGGAACCAAGCGAUAUAAUUCUUGGCCAGUAUAAAGCAAGUACUGGAGACAAGGUUGAUGUAUAUUUAAACAGUCUGACCCCUACAUAUUUUGCUUCUGCAUUAUUCAUAGACAAUGCUCGGUGGGAUGGUGUGCCUUUUAUGAUCAAAGCUGGCUUGGGACUCAUCAAACACCGAGUGGAGAUUCGUAUACAGUUUCAUCGUGUUCCCGGAAACCUUUAUCGUGAACGUGUUGGGCAUAAUAUUGACCUUGCCACUAAUGAGCUGAUUCUGCGUGAUGCGCCCGAUGAAGCCAUUCUAGUCAGAGUUAACAAUAAGAUUCCAGGAUUGGGGUUACAGUUGGACUCUCCAGAGCUGAAUUUGCUCUAUAAGGACAAGUAUAAAGUGGAGGUUCCUGAUUCAUACGAGCAUCUUCUUCUUGAUGUCAUUGAUGGUGACAGUCAUCUAUUCAUGAGAAGCGAUGAGCUUGCAGCUGUGUGGAAUAUUCUAACUCCAGUUCUGCAUGAAAUUGACAGGAAAAACGUAGCACCAGAACUGUAUGAAUUGGGGGGUAGAGGUCCAACUGGAGCAUACUAUCUUUGGGCUAAACAUGGGGUUCCAUGGGGGGAAGAUUAGCAAGGCUUUCUGUGGUAAGUUCUUGUUGCAUUAUACACAACCAACUACACAUAAUAUGUGAUACAUAUGUUAAUCAUUUCACUAUCUGGACUGCAAAAUUUGUUUUGUGUCAAUGUGUUUGGUAUUAGAGCGGCUGAUAUGAAGGGCAUCGGGUUGAAUUUGUC